UAAAAAUUGCACGAAAACUUAAACGAGACCUAACUGAAUCACCAAAUAAAUACGUUCGAAUAAAAAUAUGCACUUGAAGAUCAGCCCUAAUGCGACAAAUCGGCGCUCUGUGCGAAUUCGCUCGUUCUCGCAGUCCUAACCUAACCUAAGUUUGCCGGAUAAACACGCGAGUGACGUUUGAGAUUAGUCAACGCUGACCUGGCUUCGUUUCGUAGCGAGAUUCCUUGUUUUGUUGCGAACUUCUCGUCGCGCCUUUACUACCGGAAUUAUGGACAUUUAAAAAUCCCUGUGUGAAUAACCGAAAUCGCAUCUUUACUGGUAAAUUCUCAGUGUUCCGCAGAUCGUUGUACGGGAAAAUUGCUCGACAAAAUUUAAGCCGAUUUCGAUCUACGAUUACCGCACUCUAGGCUUCCUUCAUCGAUCGUCAUCACCGAGAUAGAUAAAGCAUCUAGGACUCAGCCCGGACCAAGAUGGCUACGCCGACCCCUUAUUUGCAUGCUAUUCAAGCAGUUCCCGGCGACACCCCUGGUGAGAAAUUCAGAUGGAUAGCGAAAUUCAUACAGCAACGGCUAUCCGUGUCCAACGAUCUGGAAGAUCUGGAGUCUGAGGAGAUCCCAAAACCUCUUGUACCUCUGGUACAAGUUCAGGCAGCCAUAAUGUUAAACAAGGCAGAUCCCAAGAAUCAGAGCACUUACGAGGCUAUAGCAGAAGCUCUAAAAUCGGAAGACGAAUUGGUCGUGAACGAAGCUUUGAAGGCCAAGAACUUCUUCAAUGGCACCAACGAGGCUAUCACUAAUAAUAAAUAUUUUUUCGAAAAUUUAUUUCCGUACGUUUCUUUGAACACUAGAGUGCGGAUCAUCAAAACUUUGGCCUUGCGCUUAGCACCCAGGAACUCUGAACUCGCUGAAGAAUUCUUCUUAUCAAUAGACUCGUUUUACGGUCUAGAGCAAGCCUUACCGUUGCUAUUAGCAUGCAGUGAAUCUUUUGUAUAUAACACUAUCAUAGAGAAGAGGAUAGGACUAAGUCGAAGAAUGGUUAAACUGUUCUUCCGCAAGAAUCCAAACUUCGUCGUACGCUAUCUUCGACUGAGCAAGCCGACAACCAGCUCCUGUGCGAGAAAACUUCCUUCAGUGAAUAUCCAUGAAUUUACUGACAUUCUGGCGGCAUUGGUCAAGAUACAACUAAACUCGUUUGCAGAACUAUACGAGAUGCACGAGGAAAAUCCACCAAUAUUGUUUCUGAGCAAUAAGGGCGUCGAAGCGUUCCUGAAAAACGGCAGAGAAUACCUGGAGCGAAAAACCAAGUUGUACAUUGACAUUCUUCCUCUGAAGAGUAUCAGCAACUGCUACAUGGAGGCUAUAUUUCCAAAACUAUUCCCGGAUAAUAUCAGAGACGUCGACACUGAUGAAAUGUUGAAGUAUUUGAGGUACUAUCGACAGGAUAAAAAGGUGGAUCUUUUCUUGAGAUCUUAUCAGAAAGUAUAUAAUAAAAAUAUUUUGAAUGAUCCGGGGAAGAUAACUGCUAAUUUAUUGGAAAUUUUGCACCCCGAGGAACGAAUCAAACAGGCGAAGAUCAAAUUGAAUUCUAAAACUGCAGCGCUCACGAAAAGCGAAAAUAUAGUUACCUGGGAGUGUUUUUUAGGUAUUAAAGAAUCGUUACCACUGUUCGAAGAAGAAAUGUGCAAAGCCACAGAAAUGGAACAUAGAGCGCGUAUAGCUUGUAAAAUGAUCCAUUCUUGCAAGAUAAACAAUGAUAUUUCGGCACUGUUAAAAGUCUUGAUGUUUCUCAAUAGCAAGCACUAUAAUGAGCGGUCUUGGUUCCUAUACGAGGUGUUCAAUACUUUGUUGAAACUCUAUGAUCUUGCUCAACUGGGCACGGAUUAUUGGAAGAUAUUAACAGACAUGAUGAAACGUGCUCAUGUGACAAAGGACUUGUUUGCCUUGAAUAACGUCAGCGUGAGGAUGGUAGAAGCUGCCAUUAACUAUAAAAUAAAUCAGAAUGAACCGUUUCCUGAGUUAAUUGAUAUGCUGAUAGACAUAAAGACUACGAAAUGCAAAGGCUACUGGAAUAUUCUUCAGAACAAUUACAACUUCGAGAGAAUGUGUCUGGAGAAUUGCCUAAACAUCGUUUCGCAAAAAUAUAAUUCAGACCAGGCUCCCUGGAAGGAAGACAAAGUUGGAAUCCUCUUCGAUAUCUGUUCUUCGAUUUAUUAUUUUAACCAGGUCCACGUGAGCAAAAAUUCUCAUGUAGAACGCAUGACGGUCAAAAACUAUCCAUGGUUGUUGCAAGCGAUAGAGGAAAUUUUAUCUACGACCACACAGAAUGACAUUUAUAUAGUUUUAAGUCUUCAGAAUAUAUUCAUGAGAUACGAAAUGGAACUGUACGAGCGUUUUUGGCCAAGAACCGAAAAGAUGGUUGAAAUAAAAAUAAGUAAGGCUGUAAGACUUCUAAAGAGAAACCCACAAGACAUCCUGGAUCAUUGGAAGGAAUAUCUAAAGGUUUGCAAGGAUAAUUGGAAGAAAGGACACGGGAAACUCUUCAUCAAGGCUAUACGUUGGUACAAGGAGAUUCCAAUUAAAUUCGCUGAACAGUGUCUUCAAGAUCUGACUGAAAAAGAGGAAGAGAUCUGUUUAUGUAUCUUAAGCACUCUUGUUUACGGUAAAACGUUCUCAAAGAUCAUAGAACCGUUGAUCCCAACGAACAGGACGCUAGAUAUUCAUCAAAGAGAUGCGAAAACUAGUUACAAUUUGAUUCAACAUCUUAUAUCUGGCAUCAAGGUCGCAAAUCCACCGGUGCCUCUGACAGUGUUGAACAAAUUUUGCCAGGGAGACUACUUACCAGUGGUCUUAACUGCUUUGAUAAACGUUUGUAGAAGAACGAAUAUAAUGGAUGUGAUGUCUUUUGCUAAAAUGUUAUCCAGCCAGAGAGUAGCCGUUCGGAAACACGGGAUAAGAUUGAUGCGUAUCGUGGCGUCCCGUGAUCAAUUACUCAACUUCUUCCGUGAGCAAUGGAAGACCGAAGAGAAUCAGUCUAUCCGUGAAGUCAUGUUAAUCAUAAUCAUAAAAUUGUUUCAGGAAGAACCAGAAGUCUCUACGCGGCUAUUGUUAUCUCAUAUGAUCUCCACGCUUACACUGCAAAAUGAAAGAUGCUGCCACUUGGUACUUUCAGUGAUCAAUUCGGUUCCCGACCAAUACGUGGUCGAUUUUAUUAAACAAACCUUAAACAUGAUCGACAUGUUUGAGAGGCUUGGUCUUCAUAAGGAUAAGGUUGCGGUGUAUACGAGUAUCCUGUUGAGAUACAUAGACGAACCUAUUUGCAAUCUUCUACCCGAAAGUUUCAUCAAAAGCCUCAUUCAAAGAUAUCUCUUCCAUCGACAUCCGGAUGUCGCCAAAAGUUUAAACGAGUUUGUGGUUACAGUUCUGUUGCUCCCAGCGGAGAGCGAAUUCGACAAUCGAUUGAAGAUCUUCUCCAGUUUGUUUAGGGAGACCGUCGUGCGUGGUUGGGACAUCCCUACUUCCAAAAAUCCCAGUUUUGUACCCACGAACAAUGCUCUUCGUAAGUUCAUAGAUGUCAUCACGCACACGGUCUCGUAUUCGAGCAAGAAAUUACGGUUAAUCGAUGAAAUAUUGUCGAUGUUUAUAACCAGUCUUCAUCCUCUGCUGGACCCCACAUCGUACUUGCUAUUAACAUUUUCGAAGAUGCAAGUUAUUUCGAGGACGCCAGCGGAAUUCGGAUUCAAUGUGAGCCAAAGGUUGAAUGAUUUGAUCAAAAUAUUCUCGCCGUAUUUUAUAUUUUUCAUGACUGAUAUUUUACGGAAUAUGCCGCUAUCGAAUACGUUCAAGCAUUACGAUAAAAUCGACAUCGAUUUAGGGAUAAUCGAAGGAUUGUUGGAGAUCUACACCACCACAUCUGCGCUAAUGGCAGUGCAACUGCUGCACUCCAUUACGUCAAACGAGCAGCAGGAGAGACGCAACCGGGUGUUAGUAACGUUAAUGAAAUGUAAAUUUCCGGCGAUCAAGGCCAUGGCUUGUGAAAUCAUUAAUGAAAAGUAUUCCACAGUUUAGUCGAGCUUUAAGAUGGAUUUAUCAAAUUCGGUCUGAAUAGGAUGGUCAAUGGUUGAUCGUCGGUUGUCAGUUACUAAUCGCGUAUGUAAUUGCUGUUAGUAUUUUACAUUUUAUUCGAUGGAAUAGAACGAAGGACACACGAUGGACGAACGAUUCUGAUUUUCGCGAUAAAUAGUUAUUGGACAAUUGAUCGAACGAUGGAUUUUUAUACUUGUCGAUACGAGUUAGAGAACGAUGCCGCGCAAUUUCAUUGAUUCGAUAGAUCGUUAGACUGUGAAAGCUCGUGUGAAGCUUGCGAGAUUUAUUUAUUUAUCAGAUGUAUUUUUUAUAUUGUACAUAUAGAAAUUUUAAAUAUGCGAAGACGCUCAAAGAUACUAUUUAAGAAAAUACCAUUGUGAUACGACUCUCGCAGCGUUACGUGCUUUUAAUUAUGCACUCGAUGUCUUAGCACGCAUACGAGGCACAUAAUAAAGUAUUACACAAUUACGUGGCGUAGUCUUUCUUCUUUAUUGGAAUUCUACCGUAUCGUAGGAAUUUUAUCGUGUUAUAUAGCCUGAAAUUUACAGAUUUACAAAAUGUUAUAAACAAAAAGAAUUCGAGACUGUAAUAAAUUUAUGUAAUUAACGUAAUAACAAAUUUAAAUACAGAAUUUCCUCCAGUUAAUGUGAUAA